CGUCAUGUGUACAACAGUGCAAUGGCGGAUGUAAACGUUUAAUUUCUACUUGGAACAAUGACUCAUUAUGGCCUGUCGGGGAAGAUGGCGUUUGCAUAUGCUCUUGUGUUAGCAGGGACCAUGAAAGGAUCAACUGCUGCUGAUGUAUCAAGUAUUUAUUGUGGAGACAUAUGUUCAGCCACUGCCGGUAGAAGUUACACCUUGACCUGCACCUUGUCAGGGAACAUAACAACAGGGAUCAUAUGGGAAAAAAACAUCACUCAGGUGCUAACAUGUACCAAGGCUGGAGUGUGUUUGUCCAGCAUGACUAACUAUGCCACCGGGACAUAUCCGACUCUUUCGACGGCCAAGCUUACGAUCACCUCUUUCGAUUUUGCUACUGAUGGAGGAAGUUGGGAAUGUGUCGAUGGUACUGAUCAACGAAAGUCAUGUAACCUAAAUGCAAUUGAUUGA